AUGCUGCAGGCGUCCCAGUCGCCUUCGCCCUCCCCUGCGGCAUCCUUCUUCGCCCGCCUCAACGGCACUGCCCAGGCCCCGCACCCGCGGAGCCUCAGCGUCAGCGCCGCCGACGCCCCGACAUCCACCGGCAAUGACAACAAUGGUGGUGGCGAGGGCAGCGGCGGCGCCAGCGACAGCGGUGCCGGGCGUCCAGCCGGCGUGAGCGGGUUCGGAGUGGACCGUCACCCAUCUCCGGCCAUUGCAGGCAGCGGUGCCGACCUGCGCCGCGCCGUGAGCAUGCGAAACCCACCUCGCCCCACCGUCAUGACCGGAGCCAUGCCGUCCUUUGCGGCUGCUGGCGAGGGCCUCGCGUCCCCAGCCCUCUCGGCCAGCUCGCACACCUUUACACCCCCGGCAGCCGCACGCCACCCAUUGUUCUCACACCACGCUCUCCCGCGGACUCUGACGAUGAGCGACCCGGGACAUGAUGACGAGGCCCUCAUGGACAGCCCGCCGUCCCCGAGCAGCAGUACGCUGAGCUCUGGCGCAUUCUCGCCGGCCUCGGCGUUCCUCUCGUUCUUUAGCGGGGCGAGCCCGCGCGAAGAGCUGGCUCCCGACGCACUGGGUGCACGUGUGCUCGACCACACGCUCGGCAAGAUUAUUGGGCGUGGUGGCUUCAGCACUGUCCGCCAAGCCACCAAUGUACACACGGGCGAGGUCAUUGCCUGCAAGAUUGUCAAGCGCGACGAUCUGAGCGACUCUAGUGGAAGUCUGGAACGUUUCGAAGACGAGAUUCGCAUCUGGAAGGACCUGCCCCACCACCCUAGCCUCCUCGAGCUUCUCGACAUGCACCGCUCGUCGUACGCCACCUUUCUCUUCAUGCCCUUCCUCGCAGGAGGCUCACUACUCGAGGUCCUCCAGCGUGAAGGAGGCAGCGAGAAGACGGCUCGCAAGUGGUUCCCGUCGGUCGUCAUUGCCGUCGCGGCUCUGCACGAAGGGUUUAACGGAUUCACGGGAGGCAUGCUGCACGGCGACCUCAAGCUUGACAACUUUAUAGCCGACACGGACGGCCGCCUCAAGCUUGGCGACUUUGGCAUGGCUCAGAUUGUCAGCAUGGCACCACCACCAGUGCCAAAGCCGAAACUCCCGUCCCAUCUCCAAGUGGGUCGCCCACGUAUGUCGUCUGCGCCCACCGUCCCCGCGCGCGGAGGUCGUCAGCCAAGUCGCUCACCUGCUCGACGUCGUGAGACGCUGGCCGGCCCCGGCGACGUGUGUCCUCACCCAUCACAGCCCUUUCCGUCGGCAUCGCUCCCUUAUGCCCCGCCAGAGCUGCUGUGUGCCCCGCCUUCGGCCCCGUCACUCAAGCAGGAUAUCUGGGCCGUGGGCAUCAUUCUCCAUGCUCUCCUCACUGGACGCCUGCCGUUCAUCGACAGCUUUGACCCGCGUCUGCAGAUGAAGAUUCUGCGUGGACAAUGGGAAGAGCCCACGCAUCUAGGCCACGAGUGGCUCGAGGCCCUGCACGGCUGUAUGGACCGCGAGCUCGCGACCCGUUGGGACAUUCGCCGGGUGCGCGAGUCAGACGCCGUCACUGGCUGGCGCGAGGUCAAGCCCCGCCUCAAGAGCCGUUCUCGCUCACGUGCUCGCCACCCCAUCGACUCGUCUGGGCUGCCGGAGCCGAUUCCAAUCCGCGGGCGCGACCACUCGCGCGGCAGAAUGCACCACGCAGGGUCUGUCGGCAGUUUGCGCGGCGCAUCGAGCUCGUACACUGGCUCCACCUCGGAACUGCUUGCCACGCCCGAAGGUGCAGUCGAGCGCCUCGCUGCUGAGCGUCUGUAUGACGGACAGGACACGUUCAAUGAGUCGCGCAGCAGGUCCAGGUCCAGGCCCCGUAUGCGGAGGCCUCUGUCUAUCAACGUCGCCGACCUUUCGCGCUUGACGCCGACGGGUGACCAGCUGUCUGCCGAAUUUGAAAACGUCUCGAUUACGCGCGGCCGCAGCAAGACACGCCUCUUCGCUGAAGAACCGCGCACAAGCAGUGCCGGCCACAUGCAAUCGCUGAACGCGCCCGGCGACGGACUGGGGAUCGACGAGCGUCCCAGUGUGGCUCGCCCAGCGAGCUACCAUGGCCCCGUGGACACUGAGGGCCGGCCGCGUGAACGCUCGCGCACCAGGGCCGACGGCGUCCAAGUACCCGUACCAGGGAGCGGUGUCCCGAGCCUCCACCACCACCAUCCGCACCCACACCACCACCAACACCACUCGGCAGUCAGCUCGCCCGUCGUCACGGGCACACCGAGCAAGGGGACGCGCUCGCGCGGCAGUCCAGGCUGGGGCGAGAGCCGCCCGCCGACACUCGGGUCCGAGUUGGACGCUGUGCACGAGGAGGACCGCGGUAGGCGAGGGAGGAGCCCGCAGACGCGCGGGAGGGGCAUGAGGAGCCUCAGCAGGAAGCGGGAGGCGUAA